AUGCGUGUCCUCGUUGACGGAAACGCGGGAGGUGACGGGAAAGGGGCGCGGGGUUCCGCGCUACCUCGUCAUCCCGUCGGAGCGGGAACUCGUAAGUCGGCAGUCUUGUUCAGUGGCGAUGGGCCGGGAGUGCCGGGUGAGUGGGACAGGACACGGACGAGGCGCAGGAAUGGGGCCCCGCGACGUUUCUAA